ACCACACUUGUGUCACAAUACCUCAACUAAUUCGAAUUAAAUAACUCUCCUAGCUAGCUUGCCAACCAAACUAUUUAAUCCAUCCUUGUUGCACUUAAUAAUUCUCUAGUACUAGUUCUUCCUUUCUUCAUCUUCAAUCUCUCUCCUCUCUUUUCUUCUAUCAUUUAAUUACCCCGGCCAGUUCAAGAGAUCUAGGAGCUUAUUUUUCUUUAAUUUUUUUUUGUUAAUUUUUAAUUUAGCCAUGUUUAGAGCAAUGAGUACACGAAGGGGCUAUAAAGGAUAUGAGGAAUUGAUAAAGGAGGAGGAGCCGUCUGCUCCACUAGUAGUGCCAAAGUUGAUCAGAAACAGAAGUGUUCCGGUAGCUAAAAUCUUUAGUCCGUCAAAGAAGAUGUCGGAGCAGAAUUUUCCGGCGACUCCUCAGGUGAAUAAAGAAGCGAAAAAGGCGAGCAAGAUUCAUCCAAUAUUCAGUCUAUUUGAAACAAAGAAGAAGAAGAAGGCAACUGCAAGGCCUGAAUUUUCGAGGUACAUACAGUAUGUUAGAGAAGGAGGUUUUGGAGAUGUAUUGCAGACGACUCCUCCAACUCCAACUCCAACUCCAACACGGCUGUAAAUUGAUUUAAGAAAUUCGGUAAUGAUGAUCAUAUAUAUGCAGCUUGAUUUUGACUUUCUGGUAUGAAAGAUCAUAAGAGUAACAUUUAAUAAUUCAUACCAUGUGGUCUUAAAGUUCUUUACAAUAUAUGGAGCAUGAUGAUAUUCUUGUCAACUGCAUCUGAUCAUAAAAAGUAAAAUUGUUGUCAUAGAUUAAGAUCCUUGUCUUGUUUGUUCUCUUUAUCUUCCUUUUUUGGAGAUUCCGGUAAACUGUUGUAAAUACAAAAGCUGAUGUUGAAAAUGUCAGCAAGACAAGAUCUUUUAUCAGAGGGAAUUAAAAAAUAAAAAAUAAAGAGUAAAAAAUCGAGAAGUGAAGAAGAUUCAACAUUUUAUGUAUGCCGUAUAUAUAUAAAAAUAAUAUUUAAUUUAUUUUA